AUGCGACAUCAUCUCGAUGACCACUGCUCAGGCCAGUUGUCAGGGGCCGUCCCGCAGGAGUACCUUGAUGCACACAGCCUCGACACUUGCACGGUUUGUGGUUUGUUGGUUAAGCGGUACUAUAAUGGGUCCCACCCCCGCUGUCGGCCUGACUCGCGUGCUCAAGCCGCCCGUCCGGGCGCCGUGCCUCCUGCAGCGUCUGCCGCCGACCCUCUUCCGAACUUUGCUGACGUGCUGGCGGCAGAGGUUCCUACCGUGCGGCAUGUCCCUAAGGUUGCCCGUGCAGCCUGGGCCCAAUGUCUGGCUCGCGCUAUUGCCUCAACAGUAGCACGCAACACCCCUGCCGCUUGGUUGGAAUUAUUGAUGCUCCCCAAAGCCGUGCUUGUCGCUCCUCUCCGUGGUGGGGCUCGCCACCGAGCCCAAUUGGGGCAAGCCACCAAGCGGCGCUGCUUGCGCUGGCUCGAUGGUGAGAGGGUUGAGCUGUGGGAGGAAUGUGUGUCUGAGCCACGCCAACGUAGCGGUCCGACUCGCCUGUCCCUUGAGGCCCGCCACUCCCGUUGCCGCCGCCUUGCCGCUGAGGGUGAUCUAGCUCGAGCGUGUGACGCUCUGCUCCAGGAGCCGCCUCUACCCCGUGAUGCUGCCACCCUCGCUGCUCUGCAGGCCAAACACCCUCAAAGCCCACUGCCAGACCUUGCUGCUUUGGGCGCGCCUCGUCCGGGCGCUGUGCCUGAGUUCAGCGCAGAGGCUGUUGCCAAGGCAGUGAGAAGCUUUAAGCGUGCUUCGGCCCCAGGGCCGUCGGGGCUUAGGCCCGACCACCUUCGUGAAAGCUUGUCCACUGCUCACGCAGACGAGGUUGCUGUGCAUCUUGCGGCCUUAUGCCACCUCUUGGGGAGGGGAGAGGCCCCCGCUACCCUUGCCCCUCACUUGGCCGGGGCUACGCUGCACGCCUUGCCCAAGCCUCAGGGGGGCGUGCGGCCUAUCGCCAUUGGGGAAGUUUUGCGCAGGUUGGUCGGGAAACUGUUGUGUGGGAGCGUUCGCGAGGCCGCUCGUGACCAGCUUUGGCCCUUGCAAGUCGGUGUAGGUGUGCCCUCAGGAAGCGAAGCUGCCGUGCACGCUGCGCGACACUGGCUGCAAAGCCAUUCUGGGCAUGAAAACCGCGUCCUGGUCAAGCUUGACUUCCGCAAUGCCUUUAAUGCAGUGUCUCGCACGUCCGUUCUCCGGGAGGCCCGCGCCCGAGUUCCGGAGGUUUCUUCUUGGGCCGACUGGUGUUAUGGACAGAGCUCCCGGCUCCGUUUUGGAAAGCACGUCGUCGCUUCCACAUCUGGGGUGCAACAGGGCGACCCUCUAGGUCCCCUUCUGUUUGCCUUGGCCCUUCAACCAGCCCUUGCAGCGGCCGCUGCAGCGGCGCGCCUGGACUUGUGCUUCGCGUACUUGGAUGACGUCGUGUUAGCUGGCAGCCCUGCUGACGUGGCGAAGGCCUUGCGUGCUCUCUGUGAGGUUGCCGGCCAGGCCGGCCUUAUCCUCGAGCCCACCAAGUCUGAAGUUGUCCUUCCUGGCGCCGCCUGCAGCCCUGACCUCCGCGCCCUGCCGCCGGGCCUGGUACGCCGUGUCGGCGAAUUCGAGCUCCUUGGUGCGCCCAUAGGGGGUCUCUCUUUCUGCAACCAACACUGCGUGACCCACCGUGUUGAUAAGGCACAAGCUUGUCUGAACGCCCUUGCUGAGCUACCGGACUCGCAAACCGCGCUCCUCCUACUUAGGCAUUGUGCUUCCUACACUAAGUUGGCCUAUUCCAUGCGGGUGACCCUGCCGGCGGCCCAUGCAGAUGCCUUGCAAGAAUUUGACAGUCGCGUUCGAGCCUCGCUCGAACUAAUCGGGGGGCUCCAACUCACUGAUCGCGCUUGGCAGCAGGCGACCUUGAGAGUUGCUGCCGGCGGUUUGGGGCUGCGCAGCGCGGCCAAACACGCCCCCGCAGCAUACAUUGCCUCCGCCUCCUCGUGCUCGGAAGCUUGUGCUGCGCUGUCGCCCACCCGGCAGCCCAAUACAAUGCGACGGUGGCCCCUGAUGCUGCGCUCCCCCCUCAGCCUGUGCCCGUUAGGCAGCAAGAGUUGUCAAACGCCAUUGAUGCCGCUGAACGGCAGGCCUUGA